UUCAAUUCAACACCGACUUCGAUACGGAACGGACGCGCGCGCGCUCACGCUGAAUUAACUGUGAAAACGUAGUGAAAAAUCGUACAAUACUUGAAGUAUAGUAACUACCAUAAAUUAAGUAUAUACAUGUAUGUAUGUAUGGGUGUGUGUGUGUUAAUAGUGAAAAGUUUUGGCUUCAUUGAGUACGAAAAAAGUUUGGGAAAAAAUGCAAAUGCGAAAUGUUGAAUUAAAAAACGCAAAGUGCGCAUUGUAAUUUUGAAAAUUCGUGAGUUAUUCAAGCGGUGCUUCAGAUAAUUGGCUUUUCAGCGGCAGCGUGUGGCACAAAGUGGCCAAAAAGAAACCGUGAAAGACGUGAAAAAAGUGUAUUUUUCGUGUUUGUAACAUUCAAUUAGUGUAAUAAAAGUGCUUUUAUUGCGCAUUUAUAAUGAAACUGUCGUAAACUCGAAACUUUUUUUGCAAAGCGAAACCAAACUGAGGAAUUUUUCAAUAGUUGGACGUGUAUUGAAACCCGUAUUUUCUAGUUAUUAGAGGAAAUCAAAAAUCUACUUAGCGGUCUAAAUCUAAAUUUUUUCGAUAAUCUACAACAACCACUAUUUUUAAAAUCCUUUCAAUAAUCAAGCAAUCAAUCAAAAGCAUAGCAUACGAGCAAAAACAACAAUAUAGUGAAUUAAAUUGAAUUUGUCGUAUCAACUUCCGCUCAAGCAUAAUCAGCAUUACUUGAGUACCACAAACACAGAAACGCAUACACACAGCGAAAGGACAGCGCACGAUGUUAAGAAAUAGCAGACAAAGCCAACAACUACAACCGAAAUACAAAAUGCAACACUGCUACACACUACUAUUGACAGCCACGAUACUGUUGGUGCAUUUGAUUGCACCCAGCAGUGCCUCGGUACAUCCGGUGCUCACCUACACAAACGCUUCCACACAACUCGGCCAGCUGGUCACCUCCAGCACACUGGUCUGGGAGACAUACGACCCCAAGGAUACGAAACAGUUGCAAUAUGCGGUCGAGGGUGGCAAAUACAUAACCGAGGAUGAACACUAUCCGAUCUAUGUGUGUCGCGUGACCAUCGAGGGUAUCACCACCAGCGGCCACACGGAGAAGAUACUGCAGUCGCAUGUCUGCGUCGCAGCGCAUUACAAGCACGGCAAAUACGAACAGUUCGAUGUGCUGGUGAAUAAGGGACAUCUCGGCAAGAUUAUGUGGAAGCAUUGGCGUAAAUUCAAUGCUGGUAUACCCAUCGGCGCCAUACGUAUCGGUGAGGAUGACUACAUUGGGCGGCACAAGGCGCCAGCAAGCGGCGAGAGCGGCACUGAGCAUUGGGGUGCGGACUACAACUUGGGCCGUUUGGAUCCAUUGGGUUUGGGUAAAAUCAAGGUGAUUGAGAAUGGACGUGACAAGGACUAUGAUGAGGGUGAGGUGUUGGUGGAGACAGAGCCCUUCCGUUAUGAGUUGAAAGACAUCAAAUUGGACAACAUACGUUUGGAUAUGCGCGAGAACAUAACCGAUUUGGCUUCCAGCGUGUUGGCCAAUCGUGGUGAUAUGUACGUACUGGUAGAGUCCGUGAUGACUUACGAAUUCGACUACAUACAAUACUGGGGCUCACAUGAGGGCGUAGCACGCGGUUUACCCACCAAAGUCUAUGAGAAAGAUGUCAAAGUGCCCGUAGAAGUCAAGUGGGGCUUGAAGUAUGUUGAGAAACGUUCCGAGACCAAAUCAGUACAUACAAAACUCUGGCCCGGCACCGCAUUGAAUGUCACGCUCAAGGGUAACUAUGUCACGCUGGAAGCGCCCUACUCCGCCAAACUCUACGCCUUUUAUUAUGGCAUUGAGGACAGCGUCUCACGCAAGAUCUCAGCGGAGGUGCGCAAGAGCUACUUGAAGGACGUUAAACUGGAAUUCAGUCCUGUCUAUUGGAUUGAGAACGGCACCUUUGUGCCCACCACAACCACCACUUCAACUACAUCCACUUCCACCACCACAAACCCCACAACCACCAGUCACGAGCCGGUGCCUAUGCACGAACCGCCCGUAGUGCAAGUGAAAAACAUCGGCGAAACGCACUCGGGUCCCGAUUCGCUAGAGAAAUCGCUGCAUGAUUCACCCAUGAGUAAUGAAAUACCGAGCGAUGUACCCGAGAAUUUGGCCGCUGAGCAGCAAAAGCCCACUUUGGCUGGCAUAGCGGUAACAGGCGGUGGUCAGCAAUUGCAACAACAAAUGUGGGCGCAGUUUGUAGCGCUGAGUGCGGUGACGCUGUGGGGUCUGCAGGCGCUGCGCAGCAUUUAGAGCGACUGCUGAAGCGCCUGUAGCGGUGGCUGGCGGUGCGUUGGCAGCUGUGUUGAUGGUUGGGGUGUGGCGAAGCUUUACAAGCGCGGUGGUGAUUUAUGGCCGUGGUGAAGCUUUAUAGGCGUGGUGGAGCUUUAUAGGCAUGAUAAAGCUUUGUAGACGUGGUGAAGCUUUGUAGGCGUGGUGAAGCUUUAAAGGCGUGGCGUUCUAGGCUUAAGUGAUUUAAAAUAGCAUGUUGUAUAUGAGUUGCCAGCGUUCGCGCACUUACAGUUAGCGAGCGCGCAACUGUUUAGUUUUCGCUUACUCCUCCUAUCUCUCUAACACUCUCUCUCUCACUAUAAGUUAUAGAUUAUGCUUCGUAAGCUUGUAUUGUAAUUUUAAUCUCACUUUUUAUUGUUUUUCCAAACAUGUUUUGUUCGCUUCAGCUUUUUAUACGUAUUUGGUCAGCAAGGAAAUAUUUCAAGCAUCAAAAUCAAAAGCUUUGAGAGUAAUGCGAAACAAUAAGAAUAAUGCAAAGCGCAGGAAACACAAUAAAAUAUGAAAUUGAUAAGAAAAAUAAUAAAAAUAUAUUAUAGCAAGAAAGAUAAAUAAUAAACGAUAAGUGAGCGGAAGUAAAAAGCGCGUGUUAAAAGCUCACGAAACAAUUGUGAGAGCGAAUAUUAAAGAGAAAUAUGAAAAUAGCAUAGGAAAACACAAUGCGUUGGGCAUUCAAUGAAUUAAGUAUAGAUUUUAGCGUUUAGUGUUUAGUUGUUGUUGUACCUGUUUUAACCGUCUGCAAAUUGUGUAGCGCCAGUAAAUGUGAGCAAAUCAGAGGAAAAGGCAAAAGCAGAAGCGAAAAUGAGUUAAAUAAUUAAUUGAAAAGAAAAACUGAAAAUAAAAAGAGAAAAGCAGGAAGUAAAUGAGAAUUACAAAAACAAGCGAGCCAGUAUAUAAUGUAAUAAAAAUACCAAAAAGCAAAAACAAAAAAGAAAAAAAAAAAAAACAAAAACAAUAAUUUAAAAUAAUAAAAAAGCAGCAAGAGCGCAGAAGCUAGUUUCGAAAAUUUUCAAUUUCGUCGACGGUUUGGAUAGGCUAAAAAUAAAUAAAUAA